CCCAUGGAGAACAGUACAGUCGUGACUGAGUUCAUUCUUGCCGGGAUAACUGAUGACCCACAACUGCAGGUCCCACUCUUUCUAGUGUUUGCUGUCAUCUACCUCCUCACUCUGGUUGGGAACCUGGGGGUGAUCACGUUGAUCCUGCUGGACUCUCGUCUCCACACCCCCAUGUACGUCUUCCUCAGCCACCUCUCCCUGAUGGACUUUGCUUACUCCACAGCCGUCACUCCCAAAGUGAUGGCUGGAUUCCUCACGGGAGACAAGGUCAUCUCCUACAAUGCUUGUGCCGCUCAGCUUUUCUUUUUUGUUGGCUUUCUUGUUGUGGAAACUUUUCUUUUGGCUUCAAUGGCCUAUGACCGUCAUGCAGCAGUGUGCAAGCCACUCCAUUACACCAACAUCAUGACACCAAGGGUGUGUACAUGGAUGGUUGUAGGAUGCUAUGUCUUUGGCUUCCUCCAGGCCUCCAUGCACACUUGGAAUACAUUCAGUCUCUCUUUCUGCAGAUCCAAUGUGAUCGAUCAUUUUUUCUGUGAUGUUACUCCCGUCCUGGCUCUCUCAUGCUCAGACAGCAUCAGAAGUGAGAUGGUGUUUUUUAUUUUGGCAGGCUUCAAUAUCAUCUUCACUAUUAUGGUCAUCUUGAUCUCUUACCUGUUUAUCUUUGUCACCAUUCUGAGGUUGCGCUCAUCUGAAGGACAUCAGAAGGCCUUUUCCACCUGUGCGUCCCACCUCACUUCCGUCUCCAUCUUCUAUGGGACAGGCGCCUUCAUGUACCUACAGCCCAGCUCCCGCCAUUCCAUGAGCACAGACAAGAUGGCGUCUGUGUUCUACGCCAUAAUUGUCCCCAUGCUGAAUCCGCUGAUCUAUAGUCUGCGGAACAAAGAGUUAAAAAAUAAAAUAGACCUAAAAAUGGCUGUGGGGAAAGCAAAAUCUUCAAUAAGACAUAUAUUUUAAUUAUGUAUAUACAACAACAGUAUGGUUUCAUACAAGUCAUAUCAAGCUAGGGAAAAUAUUGACUUGUUAUG